AUGGUACCACAGUUAAUCUCGUUAUUUCCACCAAGAAUUUGGUCAAAAAUUAUCUCCAGAACUCAUGGAAGAUCUUUGGAUGUCUUUAAAGAGUAUUGCUGUUGUACUUCUAGUAUUAAGAAAGCUCUAUAUAUAUUUAUCAGUAUUUGGAGUGGAUGUUUACUUGCAUUUAAUAUUUUAAUAUUAAUAAUUUGUUUAAGAACAUUCAAAAGUUAUCCAUUCUUUUUAAAACAUUUAUUCCCAGAAUUAUCCGAAGCUUCAUAUGUUGAAUUAUAUAUUAUUUAUAUAUUACUUUAUAUCAUAUCAAUUACUAAUAUUAUAAUGGGGUUUAUUGGUUUUAUCACUGCAUAUACCUAUAGUAUUAUAGCUCUCAAAAUAUAUAUGGUAUGUAAUUAUUUAAAUAUUAUUAAAGAUAUUAUUUUCUUUAUUGUUAUUAUUAUCCUGUUAAAUAAAUGGCAUAUAGCAUUCAUCUAUUUUAUUUGUUUCUUUUUUUUAUUCCUCAUUUUUAUACUUUUUGGGAUUCUUAGUUCUUUUGUCGCAGAGAACUUAUUAUACAUUUUUGAAGAAGAAAGGGAUGAAAAUUCAACUUCUCAAAAUACAGAAACUGUGUCGGAUUCAACCAAUAGCAAAAAUGAUGAAAAUUGUAAUAAAGAUCUUGAAAUGGCCAAAGAUAAUGAAUCAAAUGAUCCAACUAUCCAAAAUUAA